AUGGUGAGGUUUGUGGCUGUGUCUUCCACGUUGAGGGACUUCCUGUCUCGGAAUGCAGCCACAAAUUUUCCAAAGGUUGCAGAUAUCAAGAGAGUUAACAAUCUUAUCAACGAUCAAGACUUUUUUGCCCUGAGGUCUGUAAAAAUUCCAGUGAAAAAGUUCAGUGUACUGACGGAAACACACGUGUCCCCAAAAGGAAGACCCAUCCUCCGGCCUGCUCACUGUUCCCCAGAAGCACAGGAAUCAUCACCUUCUGACACGUUCUCUGCUAAUGAGACUGUUGGCAACUUCUUAAAAGAAAUGGACCGAGAUAUAGAAGAAAUAGUGAAGUGUAAUGAUACCAAGAGAGAGAAUCUUAAUGAAGUUGUUUCUGCCUUAGCAGCCCAACAGAUCUGUUUUGAAACUGAUGGUAAACCCAAGAAAAGCAAGGAUCCUUACUACGGAGCAGAUUGGGGCAUAGGAUGGUGGACAGCUGUAGUGAUUAUGUUGAUUAUUGGCAUUGUAACUCCUGUUUUUUAUCUCCUGUAUUACGAAGUUCUGGUGAAGGCAGAUGUCAGUCACCAUUCUACAAUGGAAUCUUCCCAUUCGUUUGUCACAGCAGCGUCACAUCAGAAACAAAUAGAAAAUGGAGUAAAUCCAGCAAAUAUUGUAAAUGUUGAUAAUCAAUGAGACCUUCAGCCUUAA